GUUUUGAUCACUUAACGGUAGCAGUUUGGGUAACACUUUUAAUGAUAUAAAGUAGGAGUGAAAAGCAAAAGAAACAUGAUCAACAACUUGUUGAUGGUAUAGACAACGGUGUUUCAAUCAACAAAUGAGCCACUCUUUUCAAGUGUAGUUCAAGCUACUUACACUUUAAACUUUCCUUUUAUUUUGUGUACUUUUUCAUCGACUGUUGUAACAGUUAUUUUUGUUUUAUUGUGAAUCCAGAAUCAUUUUUUAAAAUUGAAAAUGUCUUCUGAUAUUGCUGCAAAUCAGUUUGACCGAGGAAACAAUAGUUUUGACUCGACGAAAUCUGUUUCUUCUAUUGAAAGAGCUCGACUUAUCUACAACAAUGGCAAUGAUGAAACAAGAAUUGGAUUUGAUGGAUCUUUUAAAUCGCCCCAAUCAUCAUUAACCACAACAGCAACAACACUAACCCAAUCAAAACAUGACACAGGCUCAGCAACAGAUGAUCAAGAGCAAACAAAGAGCAAGAAAAAACCAGCAAAUUGGUUGGACGUGCUUCAGAUUGACCCAAAGGUUUAUUGGCCAAAAAAGUAUCGUUACACAGCUGAACCAAGGCCAGGAAGCUAUUACAUGUUGAAUGUGCGGGAAAGAGAUUUUUAUGAAGACAAUGGAUUCCUGAUUGUAAAAAAUUUAAUCCCCGCCAAUAUGAUAGGCAAGAUUGUGAGCAACCUGGAAAGUAAAGCCAGGUCAUCGGAGCCAUCAAUAAACUCGGCUUUAACAAAUGAAACCCUAAAAGCAUUAAUUAGCUCACCUCGAAUUUCCCGUUAUGCAUCAGCAUUUUGUGGCAACAAUUUAAUGGCUAUGACUUGUUCACCCAUUUACGACUAUAUUUAUUCGGAUUUACAAUCAAAUUGUUUCCAGCGAGAUCUUCAUUGCUUACCUUUCCGUCCUGCUGAUCGUAUUGUUAGUGUUUGGAUAGCCCUUGAAUCUUGUGGUAUUGAAAUGGACGCUUCUCAAAGCAACUCUGUUCAAUACAUGGUCAUACCCGGAAGUCAUCGAACAGGCUAUCUUGAAACUAUUUAUUCGGAUGAUGAAGGUAACAAGGUGCGAAUGUUUUAUGAAAGAAUACCUGAAGUACAACGGAUUAAGGAUGAAGCAAGCAGUAAAGAGAUACGAAAGAUUACCUUAAAACCUGGCGAUGCUUUAUUUUACCAUCCUUUGUUGGCUUAUACGGUUAAACUGAAUAAUCAAGAGAAACACUCUGAUGGACAAUUGAUUGCUAUUUCAUGCAGAUAUGCAUCUUCAGACUGUGAUUAUAUUGAAAUAACUUCAGGGUCAACCUAUCAAGAUGAGGUACCACCUCACCUGGUCAACACAGUUUUUGACUAUAACCUUAACAAGGAUUUCUGGAGAAAUCAAGGAUUACUAAUUAAAGGAAAACGAAGCAAUCUUUAAUUUGACGUUCACAGUAAUUGCCUGAAGCAAACCGUUUUAAUAUUUGAUCAAUCAACUUUACUGAGCAACAAGCUUGUUGACAAGAUUGGUCUAACAAUGAAUUUAUCAUCUAAUCGUGGUUAACUAAAUACGGAAUAACCAGUAAAUUACAAUUUUCAUUUCCAAGUCAAUGUUUAAACCCAACAUUUGGCUGAACUCUUUCCUGGUCAGCAUCCAUCAACACUAGCCUCAGUGGUUGCAGCUCAAUAACUCGACGGUUUCAAAUUAUUGUAAAUUAAUCAGUGAAACAUGCUACUUCAUCAAGAGGUUCAACCAUCAGUUAACAUAAAAUGUCCUAUUAUUGGUGUAUCAGGAUGACAAGAGACAAUAAACUCAAUUUCAUCUCAA